UAAAAUGUCUACUAAAGAUUAUGCAGAUAUUUUAGCGCUUAUUCGUCAAAUAAUUCAAAAUCAAAACUUGAUGAUUGCUCAAUUGGAAAUUCUAAUUAAUCAACAAAAUUUUCAAAAUAAUGGCUUGGGUUUAAUCGAAAAGUGUCAAACACAAUUAUCAAAUCAACAACAAAUUAAACCAAAAAAUUUAAAUUUUAACAAAAAAUCUAGAGAAGUAUUGAAGGAUGAGAAUUGGUUGGGUAAUACUGAUGAAUGGAUGCAAGUGAUGUGCCUUUCUACAAUUUUGUCUGCUUUACUUGAAUUUGCUGGAUUACCUUCUAUUCUUGCCAAACUGUUAUAACCAAACUGAUGACUUU